GCUGCGGAAGGCCAGGCAGUGGUGGAACUCCAGGGCCUUGGGCUGUUUCUGGAGCGUCUGCAGGCUCUGGACUUCCACCUCCAUGGGGCCGCAGGCCCACACGUGAGCACUAAAGACGUGGCCAUGGCCGAGGGGAGUGAGCUGAUGAACAGGCUCAUGAGCGAGAACGCAGACCUGAAGAAGCAGGUGCGCCUCAUGAAGGAGAACCAGAUGCUGAAGCGUCUGCUCAGCGAGAGCUGCCAGGAGCGCUGUGGCCUCGGGGGCCGGGACCUGCUCUACCCCAAGGCACCUGCCUACCCUGAGGCCCACUCCCCCGGGAGCGCAGGUGCAGACUUUGGAAGGUUCACCAGCGUCCCUGACGCACCCUCCCAGCUGCAGACGUCCUCCCUGGAGGACCUGCUGUGCUCGCACGCCCCCAUCUGCAGUGAGGACGACGCCUCCCCUGGCUGUGCCACCUCUUCCCAGGUGCCCUUCAAGGCUUUCCUCAGCCCCCCCGAGCUCCGUGCGCCCCGAGGCACUGACAGGAAGCUGUGCCCACUCCUGAACCCCUUGCAGGACCCGCUGGCGGACAAGACCCUGCUGGAGCCCAGGGAGCUGGUCCGGCCCAAGAAGGUGUGCAUCUCAGAGAGCAGCCUGCCGUCUGGGGACAGGGCCAGGAGGAGCUACUACCUGAGCGAGAUCCAGAGCUUCUCCAGCGCCGAGAAGGACGGGCGCAUCGUCGGGGAGAUCGCCUUUCAGCUGGACCGGCGCAUCCUGGCCUUUGUCUUCCCGGGGGUGACCAGGCUGUACGGCUUCACCGUGUCCAACAUCCCUGAGAAGAUCAAGCAGACGUCCAUCAAGUCCCUGGACGGCUCGGUGGAUGAGAAGAAGCUUCGCGACCUGACGCACCGCUACCUGACGCUGACCGCGCGCCUGGAGAGGCUGGGCUACAACCGCGACGUGCACCCGGUGUUCAGCGAGUUCCUCAUCAACACCUACGGCAUCCUGAAGCAGCGGCCCGACCUGCGCGCCAACCCGCUGCACAGCAGCCCCGCCGCGCUGCGCAAGCUGGUCAUCGACGUGGUGCCGCCCAAGUUCCUGGGCGACUCGCUGCUGCUGCUCACCUGCCUGUGCGAGCUCUCCAAGGAGGACCGCAAGCCGCUCUUCGCCUGGUGAGCCAAGCGCGCCGCCGCGCCUUUGCUGCAACAAACGUGUGUGUUCCGACCCCGGGGGCCGCGUGCCUCCUGCGCGUCCCCUCCGGCCCGGGGCAGGGGCCGUGUCCACCGACGGAACGCCCGGGGCCGCAGGCGCCUCCCUCCCACCAGGCCGCGAGCCCCGGCGCCCUGCCCGCCCGUCACCCACACCCGCGGCACUGUGGCACUUUAUUAAAAUCAUCUGUUUACCUGUGUA